ACUACUCCUUGCAGUCACCCAGUGAGAGUCCUUCAGCGCGUUCGCUCAAAAAAACUAAUAUCAAAAGUCGCUAAGAUAAUCUAGUGUAGAUACAAAACUUAUUUUUUUAUCUGACUUUUUCAACCCUCUUAAAAAAAAAAAAUUCUUUAAAAACUUCAAAUUUUCUAAUAAAUUCGUGCCAAAUAAGUUUAUCCUUUUUAUAUCCUUUUUUUUUUGUUGAAUAAUUUCAAUGUUUCACCCCUUUCCGGACUCACCAGAGAGUGCGUAAUUAAUUUUUUCCAAGUGUAAACCAACCCCCUCACUCAUUUAGCUCGUCUAUAUGAUUAUCGUUGUGUUAUUAUUUUUCCAAUCACUUUGUUUAUACCUACAAAAUAUCGUCCUUAAAAUCCAUGACAAAUGGCUAAAUCCCAAACACGCUAGACUACUUAUUGACAAAGAACAGCGAAGACUGCAGCUGUUCGCGUUAAAGCCUAAACAUCCAGUUCCUGGAUGCAGCUUUUGUUCGAAUAGCCCAUUGGGGUACUGUCGACACCACAAUCCAAAUCAACCAACACUUCGACACUUGAAAAAUCGAUUAUUAGCCAAAGGAGGUGGUGGUGGUGGUGGUGGAGGAGGAGCAGGAAUAAGAACUACUGCUUCGAAUGCAAUUGAUGGUGUUGAGCCAUCUAUUGAAUUAGAAACUGGUUGCAAGGAGAGUGGAGAACGAGUAAAUAGUAUUGGAGGAAGUUCAAUUUCAUCCACAGACACAACAACAACACCGUUAACGCCAACGUCGACUUGUGACAUUUUAGCAAACUAUUUUGAUCGUAAAGACCCAGAUAAGAUUUGUACUUGUUUAAGUUGCAGUAAAAGUCGGCAAUCAUCAGGACGUAGUAAUCGUACAUCUUGGGGAACACGCAACGGAACUGUUAUUUGGGGCGAAAGAGUGGUACCGAAUCCAAAAACCCAGUCGCUUAAUGGUUCCAGUGAUGAGAACGGUUUAGAAAUAGUUGCUGCACCAAAAAGACGACGUCGUCGUUACGAAAAAUACGGAGGUUUUCAUUAGUGCGACUUUAGUGAAUG